GUGAUGGGAAAUGAAAUUUUCUAAUCUUUGAUUUAAAAGUGAUUUAAGUGUUGGUGUAUGGUUGGUGUUCGAUAUUCGUAAUUCGUUGAUUUUGAACUUGUUUGCAGUGCAAUGGUUUCAACUUAGGACUGUGUAUAUCGUAAAUAGCUAUCUAAAAUGGAUAAAGAGAGUGUUAUUAAAUAUGUGAGAGGACUGAUCAAUUCCUCGACGAUUCCUUUAACGAUAUGGAAUCUUGAUAGAGAUUAUAAAACGCUUGAAGGGGAAAGAAUACCCUUUGCCAAGUUAGGUUUUAAAUCUGUCGAAGAUUUUUUAAGAUCUGCCCCUACGUUGAAUUUGACCAAAAAUAGAGAUGGAGAAAUUAUUGUCCAAGCGCAGCGUUUGGCGGAAUCAGCUCAUAUUGUCGAUAUGGUUAAAAAACAAAAACCACCCAAAAAGUUAAAACGCAGCCGUUUUGUGAAAUCGGCUCCGCCUAAAAACUGGCAUUCAUACAAUUCUCAGAGGUAUGACAAAAGCCAAUUUACAUCACCUAGAGUAGCUAGAGUGGCCCACAAUCAAUUUGUAGACUAUAAACAACCUAAAGUAGCUUCAAAAGUAGUGGUGCCAGAACAUUCGGCAUUUUCCCAAAACAGAACCUUGCCUCCCAGAUUAUUGAAACAAACAUCACAAAACAGCCGAUUACAAGUAACUUAUGAACAUGAGGAGGUCUUUACAAAAAGCAAUACGGCUUUUGUUGCGAACACGUUACGAGAUGUGCGGAUGAAGAAUGAGGCUUUGGAUGAGGAAUACAACAAUUCCGGUUCCAGUAGACGAAAAAUGAUCACCAAAAAGAUGUCGGAAAUCAAUUUGGAUAGGGAUAGUGGAAAUAGCAGUCCGAUUAGCGAUAUUACACCUCCGAUUAGCGAUAUUACACCUCCGAUUAACGAUAUUACACCUCCGAUUAGCGAUAUUACACCUCCGAUUAACGAUAUUACACCUCCACCGGUUAAUGUUCCAGAAUUUGUCCUUACGAACGAUCCAAAAGUGGAUUUGACAAAUUUUGUAGAAUUUUAUAAACUGGGUAAAAUUGAGGUUAGCACGAAAUGUGUGAGUACCAAGAGGCUCAAUAUCUAUACUUGUAGGAUUACGAUCGGCAACUAUAAGGUGACCAGCUAUCCGGAAGAAUUUCCUACCCGUGAAGCUGCCGAGUUGUAUUGUUAUAAACAAGCCUUGGAAGAAUUGACUCCUAAAUACGUAAAGAGCAAAAGUUUAUUUUUAGCCAACGAUAACGACAUUUUGAAACGAAUUCCCGAUAUGCUCAAAAAACACAAUAGUGGGAUAUGGGAGUGGCAGCUCCAGUUGGACUACUCUCAAAGAUAUAACGAACAGUUACCUGAGGAUUGGAUGAAAAUCAUCGACAGGAGUCCUUUUAUACACGUACAAAAAAUCGUCAAUAAUUAUACCUUAAAAUAUUGCAGACCUGAAGAUGUAUUUCAGAAAGGAAUCGUAUCUAUGAAAUCAAUGACUAUCUCGGAUGUAUCAGUACCAGCUAACACAGUACGAUUGGACGAUAACCGUAAAACUUACGCCGAAAUAACGUAUAUUCCCUCCGCUAAUGAAAUCUGGUGUCGCCAAGUUGGUACCGAAGAAACGGAUGCGCAUAGUCUUAUGAUAUCCAGCAUGGAAGAAUAUUACGAGAACAAUCUAGAAAAUCUUCACGCCGUAAACAUCAAUCCCAAAGGAUACUACGUGGCCAAUUUUAACAAUAAUUGGUUCAGGGUACGAGCCAUCGAUGUCAAUGAGACAAGCGUCAAAUGCUUUUAUAUCGAUUUUGGGGACGAAGUGACGCUCCCUAAAUCACAGAUCUAUCAACUGAAAAGGGAAUUCGCGUUUUGUGAAGCUCAAGCUUUCGUAUGUCGACUAGCAGGACUAGAAGAUAUUUAUGAGGUGUCGCAAGAUUCUAAAGCUUUACAAGAAUUUCUAUAUAGAGCCGUAGAAAUGGAACUGGCCGAAGAAACAAUCGAAUCCGAAAAUGAAAUACUACCUGUUUAUAUGUACGACAUGGAGACAGGUUCCUGUAUUAACUUCGACAUGAUGAUGCUCCUUGAUCAAGAAUUUGCAACUCCCAGAAUAGGAGACAACAUCACCGAAGUAUGUGUCUCACAUAUAGCCGACAACGGAGACAUAUACAUCCAAGUGCGUGGACAUGGUCAUCAGAGAUUACUACAACUUCUUGCUGAUCUAGAAUAUCAAAUAGUCAAUGAUCCUCCCACGCACACACUUCAACGUGUAACAAAGCAAAACAGCCAAGGAAAAAUAUACUUGGGAAAAUACAAUGUUGAUGGACAUUGGUAUAGGGUGAAAAUACUCGAUUGGUCACCAAAUGAAGACUAUAUUCAAAUCUAUUAUGUAGAUUUUGGAAAUACUGAAGUUGUUAAAGUAAAAGAAGCGGUUUUAUAUCCUCUGGAUAAGUUAAAUGACGUAAUAAACAAGUAUCCUCACCAAGCUGUUCGCACCAGAAUACUUUUGAACAGCCCACAAAACGAUCUAAAGUCCUUACUAACUACCGCAAUUCCUAUGAACGAACCGAUAAUUGCUAAAGUAAUGGGAUACACUGAAGAUGAUAAUAAACUCCCAUUGGUCGAGUUCUUCAGCAGAACGUCCAAAGGAGGAUUGUUCUGUAUUAAUAAAUCCAUUAAUAUGACUAAUGACAUAAAAAAAGUGGAUAAUACUUCAAAAAGUAAUAAAACUGUGCAUUUUUCUGCCGAAAAGUCAAAGCACGUUCCUUCUGGCGGCCAAUUGGAAUGUCCCCCAUUGCCCGAGAAAAACACUUAUUUCGAAAUACACGUACCUUUCGCCGUGAACCCCUACAAUUUCUUCGUUCAGCCUCUAGAAUCACUUUCGAAGUUGAACAGAAUGAUGGAACAACUACAGGAUAAAUACAAAGAUGUCACGUACAGUCCUCUAACACUGGAUCAAAUUCAACCCGGUAAUAUAUACGCUUCCAGAUUCGACGAUGGAAACUGGUAUAGGACCACCGUGAUUAAAGUGAUUCAUGACGGAUCAAUAUCGGUCUUUUACUGCGAUUUCGGUUACUACAGUAACUUGACUUUGCAACAGUUGCUCCCUCUAGACGUUGAGUUUCUGAUGUUACCUUAUCAGGCUCUCAAAGCCAAAAUGUCAGGAAUCAGACCGAAAGACGCAAAUUGGACUGUAAAGCAUUGUGAUAAAUUUAAAGAGAUGGUCGAAAGGAAACACCUUUACUCGUUUGUUGUAAAUAUAGAGAAAGAUCAACUCUAUGAUUCGGAUUUGGUGCUAGAUCUUUUACUCAUAGACACAUCUUCCGAAGAAGAUCUGAGGAUCGAUGAGUAUCUCAUUAGCCAGGGAAUCGCAGUUAAAGCUUAAUUCGCCAAAGCCGACUUGAUUUUUAGUGUUUAAGUGAUUUACUCCAGUUUAAAAAUACUAUGUAUUCGUUUGCUAACCUUAAUGUUCAUUCCCGUUUUGUUCGAUGUUCAAAAAUAACUGUAGUUUGACAGAGUGAAGUAAGACUGUAUGUAACUUACAAAAUGGGAUACAAAAUGAACAAAAAUGACAUUUGUGAUAGUACAAAAUUGAUAAUGAAUGAGAACAUGAUCAAAUUUUGCGCCCUUUAUUCCAAAAAACCCAGUAGUAACUUACCAUACUCUAAUAAUUCCCAACAUUCCAUAUUAUCUAACAUCACAAUCUAUAAAUUUAGUCUAAAGCUAUCAGAAAUUACUUGUUAAAAAAACGUAAUAUUUAUUUGUACGAGGAUAAUGUGAAAAAUUCUCAUCUUACUGUGAUAACAAGAGUUUCGUAUUAAAAAUGAAUUUUCCCAGUGUAUUACAUUAGUUCAAUACAACAGUAUCCAGUUUGUAGUACAAGGCUGUAUCCCUAAAUAAAAUUCUGCUCUUGAAGGUCUUCAAAAUAUAUAUUCGCUAUUGCUUUCGUCUAGUCAUUGAUGCCAGAAAAUUUUCCAGUCCUAAAUUUUUAUUUGACCAAAACUCUUUUCUGGGCGAAUACUGAUAAAACAUAAUUUUUAACGUACCAACCAGCUUUUUUUAAAUUUUUUCGUCCAACUUACCGAUCAAGAAGUAGAGGAUUCAGAAUAAAAGUGAACCAAGUCCACUUUAUCUACAUUUGAGCUACAGAGGUUUAAAGUUAUAGAUUUAUAGCUUUAUAAAAAAAUCACCCGUUAACAUUCAAUUUAAGAAGGUCAAGGAGUAUCUUUUAUUGGCCAAAUUUUAUGUAAUAACCCCAAAAAAUGCAAAAAGUGGACUUGGUUCAAAUUUAUUCUGAAGAAUUUUAGAAAGAUAAUGAACCAACUCCAAGUGUUGUUAAUAUACUUUAUUUUUACAUCUACUUAGAGAUAAUAUUAGAAAUAUUAAAACAAAAUUCUUUGGUGGAAAAGUUAAUUGACAUAAAAAAACAAAUCGUCGCAGUCGGUAUCAUUUCCUUCAGUCGCUUCGUUGUCCUGGGUUUGACGAAUUGGCUGAUUACCUGGAAGAUUUCUGAAGUAUCUAUGAUGAAUAGGGGUAUUUAAGGUAGCAGAGAACAUCUCCUCCUUUUUUUUUAAUGUAUUUGUAUUAUGGUUGGGUAAAGCUGAUCCUGCUGUACAUACAGUCAACAAGGUUUGCACUUCCAAGGGUCUUCCAGGCCCUGUUUUACUUGUCUUUUUGAGAUGUCCAGGGUUCGGAAACUCGAAAUUUCACUGAAAGAUUCAUUUUUUGUUCAGAAAGGCUUUCCUUUUUUAAACUGUAAUCACUGUAUCUUAAACCAAUUGAUUUGCCUACCUUCAGUGUCCUUUUUCCUGUUUGUGAUUGAAUCUUCCGAGAUAUUUUGUGUUUAAAAACUCUUCUCGUUGUAGUCUUACAACUUCAAGCUGAGGCUUUUUCACUUUGCAGUUUUAAUGAUGUACCAGGCACUUUGAUGGUCCUAUGUUUAUUGGAUGCUCUCUCUAUUAACCCAAAUUCAGUAUUAUAUAUUAAUCUAAAGAUCUGAUAGUAAAAGAUUCGUAAGUACUGAUGCUUGGCCAAUGUAGCUUGCCACUGGAGUUUCUUAGUGACGAGACCUCGUUCUAGCAUAAACAUAUAGGUAUUACUAUAAUUGCAUGAGUUGCACUCUUCGUCACUUUCACACGUGUUCCAAAUUUACACUGGUCACAUAAUGCAAUAUCAAUCAAUCGCGCAUUUUUAAGUGUCAAUCUACAUCGGUCAAUUAAGAACACAAAAUCGUCGUGUAAAAAGGUUAGCAAACGACACGUCCAUAUUAAUCGAAAAAUAUUUUUAAGAAUCAAAUCUUUUCGUAUUAAAAAUAUUUUCUAUCGAUGUUCCUUACUCUAGAGUUUAUUUUGUUUUAAAGAAACUGUUUUUGUUAUUUAUUUUGUAUGUAUUUUGUAUUAGAGUAAAUAGUAUUACUUAAGUGGUACAUUGUUUAUGUUUAUUUAGAUCUGAGGAGGAACACAUUGGCUGUUAGUGCUUCAUAAUUGUUGGUAAGGAAGUUACAAAUAGGUAAAAGUUUAGGUUGUGUCUCUGAGCAGAAACUACUUAAAGGUUUGUUAGUUUGAAAUAAAUAAACAUUUCAUUGUUGAAUCUGAUAACUCUUUUUGUUUCUUUUUGACUUGUCACAACUCUUUUGAUGGUGCACAGGUGGGAACAGCUUUAACAUUGUCGUUAUGUUGGCUCUUGGUUGUCCCAUUCAACAGCAUUUGGGUGACGUCUUGGUUUACUAUUACCUUGUGUGAUUUUUUUCAGCGGCGGUAGCUUUGUCAACCAGAGUCAGUGCUAUUUUGACAUUAUGUGUCAUGUCCAUGUUUUCCUUUAUAUAAGUGGUAAUAAUAAUAUCGUAUGGCAUUUUUGCCAGAGAGAUCCUUUCAGACAGGUUCCGCCAGCAUUUGCAUCUUUAGUCCUGUUUCAAAUAGCCAGUGUCAAUGCACACACUAGCCCAGGGGACCGAUGGCUUAACGUGACCUCCGAAGCACGGUGAACGGCUCGGAGCUAUAUUUUAGAAAUAAAAAUGUCAUUGUUGGUGCCGAGAUUCUCGCGAGAACUCGCGCUCUGGCUUAUGAAGCCAGUAUCUUGCCGCUGAGCUACGGCCGUCUGCAGUAGUAAUAAAUAGUCCCGCAGUGAACUGUUCUUCUUACGAACUUCUUCGCUAAAAGAAUCCACAAUAUAAAGUUUUUCGUAUCUUUUCACAUCUUCGGAUUCAUUGGAAUUUCCAGGCACCUAUUUUUGUCUGUCCACGUUUCAUUAGUUUCACAGAAUCCUCCUAUGUACCAUUCCUAUUGAGGUUUGUAACCAGUAGGGCAAAGUUUUAUCUAUUGUGGGCUUGGUGUAUGGGAGUGUUUAUUUCAGUUCUGGUCCAGCCUCUUAUAUUCCUUUUAUUAGUUCGUUCAUCUCUUUUCUUUGCCCUCUGAUCAUUCUUCAUAUUUCUUUUUGUGUUCCAUCUGUUUUGAGAAACUCUGUCAGUGUUCCUUUUUUAUCUGUCUAACUAAAGUAUUCGUUUGAGGUCCAUGAUCUUUCAAAAGUUUUUUAAGAUAUUCAAAUACAAAUAUAGUGUUGCAGAGACUUCAUUUUCAUAUUUGCAAGUAAAAAUGUUAAAAGUUUUUAUGCAAAAUUAAGGUGGAUGUAAACAAUGUUAAGUAUAUACUUUACCAUUUUUACUUUAAAACGUUUAUUCUAAGAAUAUAAGGAAAUUUACCUUCUUUGUAGAAAUAAGCUAGCAUAUCGAGCUAGCUUCACUAAAUACUUGAAAUUCAGGAUCUUUAUGUUAAGUCAUAAUUAUCAUAGCUCUCAGAAUUGUCACUAUUAACAGCAAAAAUGCUGUUUAAAUUUGAACAACCUGCAUUUUGUUCCGCCAUCAUGAACACUUACCUAAUUUUAAGAACUUAAUCUGGCGCCAUCUAUUAUUAGUAGUAUAAACUACGUGCAAUUUUCUGCUUUAUCAUGUCCCUUAUAUUUCGCGAGAAAUCAAAAUGUGUCCCUUACCAUUGUUUACUACCUAGCCCCUCAAUUCUAGCAGCAUUGUACCAUCGAAAAAAAUUAUAUAUAAUCUAGUUUUAUUUUCGUAUAAGGAAUAAGUCCUCAUUAUAUUUCCUUUUAGUUCUCUUUUAGGUUUAAAAUCCAUAAUCAUCGACUUUCUGUCAUCAAAUUUUAAUUUCAAAUAUUUUACGUGUAAACCAAAUGUUUUUAAACCGAAAAGUAGCUUUUGCAAUCUUUCAUGUAUUACUGAUGAUGAUCGGAUUAGACCAAAAUGUUUUGAAAUUGUUAAUUCUUUUGGUUAUUUUAUCAUAAAUUAAAUAUACCAAUCUACAAGUUUUAUAGUUCCUUAAAUAUAGUAUUUUUUUUUU